GACGCUGAUUUUUUUUUUUUUACUUGUUUUAAAUUUUGUUAUUUCAUCUCUCACAUGCUUUCCUAGUGGCUUGUUUAUGCCAUCUCCGCUCCUCUUUACACUGUUGCAGUCACCUUCACCUUCCACUCGUUAAUCCGAAAUUCGCAGCUUGGAUUUCUCCCGUCUCGCUGUAGAUCUCUCCCUCUCCUUCCUACGGAGGGUUACAGGGUUUUGUCGCUGCUUCAGAUCUUGCAGCGAUUCGAAUCCACUGUGAGCUUGGAUCUGCUUAUCCAUCGGUGAUCUGAUUACAUCCACAGCUGAGCCACCAUGGCGGCCGCCAACGCUCCGAUCACCAUGAAAGAGGCCUUAACUUUACCCAGCAUUGGGAUUAAUCCGCAAUUCAUUACAUUUACUCAUGUUACUAUGGAGUCCGAUAAGUAUAUAUGUGUGCGGGAAACAGCGCCACAGAAUAGUGUUGUUAUUAUUGAUAUGAGUAUGCCGAUGCAGCCUUUGAGGAGGCCUAUCACUGCAGACUCAGCCCUUAUGAAUCCUAAUUCUAGAAUCCUUGCUUUGAAAGCCCAACUCCAAGGAACCAAUCAGGAUCAUUUGCAAAUAUUUAACAUUGAGAUGAAAGCAAAAAUGAAAUCUUUUCAAAUGCCUGAGCAGAUCGUGUUUUGGAAGUGGAUUACAGUAAAGAUGCUGGGCCUGGUGACUCAGACCUCAGUGUAUCAUUGGUCCAUUGAAGGUGAUUCUGAGCCAGUAAAGAUGUUUGAUCGAACAGCUAAUAUGGCAAACAACCAGAUAAUAAACUAUCGAUGUGACUCUUCUGAAAAGUGGUUGGUUUUGAUUGGAAUUGCUCCUGGUUCUCCCGAGAGGCCACAAUUGGUUAAAGGGAAUAUGCAACUUUUCUCCGUUGAUCAGCAGCGCAGUCAAGCUCUUGAAGCACAUGCUGCAUCAUUUGCGCAAUUUAAGCUCCCAGGAAAUGAGAAUCCUUCUAUUCUUAUUUCCUUUGCCACAAAGACCCUCAAUGCUGGACAGAUUACAUCAAAGUUGCAUGUUAUUGAGCUCGGUGCCCAGCCAGGGAAGCCUUCUUUUACAAAGAAACAAGCAGAUCUCUUCUUCCCCCCAGAUUUUGCCGAUGACUUUCCAGUUGCAAUGCAGAUAUCCCACAAAUACAGUUUGAUCUAUGUGAUCACCAAGCUUGGGCUAUUAUUUGUUUAUGACUUGGAGACUGCUACUGCGGUUUAUAGAAAUAGAAUUAGUCCAGAUCCAAUAUUUUUAACAGCUGAAGCUUCGUCGGUGGGAGGUUUUUAUGCUAUCAAUAGGCGUGGACAGGUGUUGUUGGCUACUGUAAAUGAUCAAACAAUUGUGCCAUUUGUUAGUGGCCAGUUGAACAAUUUGGAGCUUGCUGUCAAUCUUGCCAAAAGAGGGAAUCUUCCUGGAGCUGAGCAGCUUGUUGUCCAACGUUUCCAAGAACUAUUUGCCCAAACGAAGUACAAAGAGGCUGCAGAACUUGCCGCUGAGUCUCCACAAGGAAUCCUUCGUACGCCUGACACAGUUGCCAAAUUCCAGAGUGUUCCUGUCCAAGCUGGGCAAACGCCACCUUUGUUGCAGUAUUUUGGGACACUUUUGACAAAAGGAAAGCUCAAUGCUUUUGAGUCGUUGGAAUUAUCACGCCUUGUUGUGAACCAGAACAAAAAGAAUCUUUUGGAGAAUUGGUUGGCGGAGGAUAAGCUGGAAUGCAGUGAGGAGCUAGGGGAUCUUGUGAAGACUGUGGAUAAUGAUCUUGCACUGAAAAUAUAUAUUAAAGCUAGAGCAACUCCAAAAGUCGUUGCUGCUUUUGCUGAACGGAGGGAGUUUGACAAAAUUUUGAUAUACUCAAAACAGGUUGGGUACAGUCCAGAUUAUCUAUUUCUUCUGCAGACAAUUCUUCGUUCAGAUCCUCAGGGAGCUGUUAAUUUUGCGUUAAUGAUGUCUCAAAUGGAGGGAGGUUGUCCAGUUGAUUACAAUACCAUUACAGAUCUAUUUCUUCAGAGGAACCUGAUUCGUGAGGCAACGGCUUUCCUAUUAGAUGUUUUGAAGCCAAAUCUUCCUGAACAUAGUUUCCUUCAAACAAAGGUCCUGGAAAUCAAUCUGGUAACUUUUCCAAAUGUUGCUGACGCUAUAUUAGCUAAUGGAAUGUUCAGCCAUUAUGACCGUCCUCGAAUUGCCCAACUUUGUGAAAAAGCUGGUCUUUAUGUUCGAGCUCUGCAACAUUACACAGAAUUGCCAGAUAUUAAGCGUGUCAUUGUGAACACACAUGCAAUUGAGCCACAGUCACUUGUGGAGUUUUUUGGCACUCUGUCCCGUGAAUGGGCUUUGGAGUGUAUGAAGGACCUUUUGUUGGUCAAUCUAAGAGGAAAUCUUCAGAUAAUUGUGCAGGUUGCCAAGGAAUAUUGUGAACAGUUGGGUGUUGAUGCAUGCAUAAAGAUUUUUGAGCAAUUUAAGUCAUAUGAAGGAUUGUACUUUUUCCUUGGCUCAUAUUUGAGCUCUAGUGAGGACCCUGACAUUCACUUCAAGUACAUUGAAGCAGCUGCUAAAACUGGACAAAUCAAAGAGGUUGAGCGUGUGACCAGAGAGUCGAAUUUCUACGACCCUGAGAAAACAAAGAACUUUUUAAUGGAAGCAAAGCUUCCAGAUGCGCGGCCCCUAAUUAAUGUCUGUGACCGUUUUGGAUUUGUUCCAGAUCUCACACACUAUCUGUACUCCAACAACAUGCUUCGUUACAUCGAAGGUUAUGUUCAAAAGGUGAACCCAGGGAAUGCUCCUUUAGUAGUGGGGCAGCUGCUAGAUGAUGAGUGUCCUGAAGAUUUUAUCAAAGGCUUGAUUCUUUCUGUCCGUUCUUUGCUUCCGGUGGAGCCCCUUGUGGAGGAAUGUGAGAAGAGGAAUCGACUUCGUUUGCUCACUCAGUUCCUAGAGCAUCUUGUGAGCGAGGGAAGCCAAGAUGUUCAUGUUCACAAUGCUCUGGGGAAAAUUAUCAUUGAUAGCAACAACAAUCCAGAGCACUUCCUUACCACCAACCCCUAUUAUGAUUCCCGUGUUGUGGGUAAAUAUUGUGAGAAACGUGAUCCUACCCUGGCUGUUGUGGCAUACCGGCGAGGACAAUGUGAUGAAGAGCUUAUCAAUGUCACAAAUAAAAAUUCUUUGUUCAAACUGCAAGCAAGAUAUGUGGUUGAAAGGAUGGAUGCUGAUCUUUGGGAGAAAGUUCUUAACCCUGAAAAUGUCUAUAGAAGACAGCUCAUUGAUCAAGUUGUAUCUACUGCUUUGCCCGAAAGCAAGAGCCCUGAACAAGUUUCUGCAGCUGUUAAGGCUUUCAUGACAGCCGAUCUGCCUCAUGAAUUAAUUGAGCUCCUUGAAAAGAUUGUGCUUCAGAACUCCGCAUUCAGUGGGAACUUUAAUCUGCAAAACCUGCUCAUUUUGACAGCCAUCAAAGCAGAUCCAUCUAGAGUUAUGGAUUACAUUAAUAGACUGGAUAACUUUGAUGGACCUGCAGUUGGGGAAGUGGCUGUGGAAGCCCAGCUUUACGAGGAAGCAUUUGCAAUUUUCAAGAAGUUUAAUUUGAAUGUUCAGGCAGUCAAUGUCUUAUUGGAUAAUAUCCAAAACAUUGAACGGGCAGUCGAGUUUGCAUUCCGCGUAGAAGAAGAUGCUGUUUGGAGCCAGGUAGCCAAGGCUCAACUCAGGGAGGGCCUGGUGAGCGAUGCCAUUGAGUCUUUCAUUCGAGCAGAUGAUAUGACUCAAUUCUUGGAUGUAAUUCGAGCUGCGGAGGAUGCAAAUGUUUACCAUGACUUGGUGAGAUACCUUCUGAUGGUUAGGCAGAAGGCAAAAGAGCCCAAGGUGGACAGUGAGCUCAUCUAUGCAUAUGCAAAGAUCGAUAGGCUGAGUGAAAUUGAGGAAUUCAUUCUCAUGCCUAACGUAGCUAAUCUCCAAAAUGUCGGUGAUCGCUUAUAUGAUGAAGCCCUGUAUGAGGCUGCCAAAAUUAUAUUUGCUUUUAUAUCUAACUGGGCCAAGUUGGCUAGCACUCUUGUGAAACUUAGACAGUUCCAAGGUGCCGUUGAUGCGGCAAGGAAGGCUAACAGCUCAAAAACAUGGAAGGAAGUUUGCUUUGCUUGUGUUGAUGCGGAGGAAUUCCGCUUAGCUCAAAUAUGUGGUCUCAACAUUAUUAUACAGGUGGAUGACUUGGAAGAGGUCAGCGAGUAUUACCAGAAUAGAGGAUGCUUUAAUGAGCUAAUCUCCCUUAUGGAGAGCGGUUUAGGUUUAGAACGAGCACAUAUGGGCAUCUUCACUGAGUUGGGAGUUCUGUAUGCUAGAUACCGUCCUGAGAAGCUUAUGGAGCAUAUUAAGUUGUUCUCAACCCGUCUCAAUAUUCCAAAGCUUAUACGAGCCUGUGAUGAACAACAGCAUUGGCAGGAACUUACCUAUCUGUAUAUCCAAUAUGAUGAGUUUGAUAACGCUGCAACCACUAUAAUGAAUCAUUCCCCAGAGGCAUGGGAUCACAUGCAGUUCAAGGAUGUUGCAGUUAAAGUUGCUAAUGUGGAGCUAUACUAUAAGGCUGUGCACUUCUACUUGCAAGAACAUCCAGACCUUAUUAAUGAUCUUCUCAAUGUGCUUGCACUUCGUGUGGACCAUACACGCGUUGUUGACAUUAUGCGAAAGGCGGGUCAGCUGCAUCUUGUGAAGCCAUACAUGAUUGCAGUUCAGAGUAACAAUGUGGCUGCCGUGAAUGAGGCUUUGAACGGGAUAUAUGUUGAGGAGGAAGACUACGAGAGAUUGCGUGAAUCAAUUGAUUUGCACGAUAACUUUGAUCAAAUUGGCCUUGCGCAGAAGAUUGAGAAACACGAGCUUCUUGAAAUGAGACGUGUUGCUGCAUAUAUAUACAAGAAAGCAGGCAGGUGGAAGCAGUCCAUUGCAUUGUCAAAGAAAGACAACCUUUACAAAGAUGCCAUGGAGACAGCCUCACAAUCUGGUGACCGUGAACUUGCGGAAGAGUUGCUUGUUUACUUCAUUGAAAAGGGAAAGAAAGAAUGCUUUGCUUCAUGCCUCUUUGUUUGUUAUGAUUUGAUCCGGCCAGACAUUGCUCUUGAACUUGCCUGGAUGAAUAAGAUGAUCGACUUUGCUUUCCCCUAUCUGUUGCAGUUUAUUCGAGAAUACACGGGCAAAGUUGAUGAACUUGUGAAGGACAAAAUUGAGGCUCAGAAUGAGGUUAAGGCUAAAGAGAAGGAAGAUAAGGAUGUAAUUGCGCAGCAGAACAUGUAUGCUCAGUUGCUGCCUCUAGCUUUGCCUGCACCUCCAAUGCCAGGUAUGGGAAGUGCACCAGGAAUGGGAGGUUUUGCUCCACCACCACCUAUGGGUGGAAUGGGGAUGCCUCCUAUGCCACCCUUUGGCAUGCCUCCAAUGAGCAGCUUCUGAUAUGCAGGCAACAAGUUCAAGCAGCUGAUGUUGAGAACAUAGGGGCGAGGACAAUCUAGCAACAUGCCUGUGCUAUUCUGUGGAGUUUUGGUAACUCCUUUUUUUUUCUGUUGCAGUGGAGGUGUAGUUCGAAUAAUUUUUUUUUUUUCGGUGUAUAAGGUUUGUGGAUAUCUGUGUAAUAUUCUUUUUGUAGUAGAGGCAUUUUUUGGCUGCUGAUAGAGGGCAAGCCGCUGAUAUUCUGUAUUUUACUAUUUUUGUUAUGGUCUAGGAAUCGUUCAUUUAUAAUACGAUAAAAACCCUAUUGGUCAUCAGCUAUUAUUUAGAUAUAUAUUAUGGCGUGCUUUGAUUUUUUUUAAA